AUGGUGACUGAAAUGAAUUCUUUGGAUGAGUGGCAGCUUCUUAAGACGCUUGCCAUUGAGCUUUCUGUUUUGACAGAGUCUGUUUGUUGUGAAUGUUCAAUCUGUGAGUUCCGGCUUCUUCAAUCAUCAGGACAGCAGAUGCCAAUGCAGUCUUAUAUGAUAGAAAAACAACAAUUAUUGCCGAGCCAAAUACCAAAUCAGUUGUUAAGCCAAAUAAGCAGCCAUUCUCCAAUAUACUCACAGUUUCCAAGCUCACAGCAGCAUCUCAUGAGGUCUUCUGCAGAGUCAUCGCUUCCCCGAGAAUCAGUGAAUACAGCAGAUAUAAGUUGCAAUACAAAAAAUACACAGAAUGCAUCAUAUGAACGUCUUUUUGAGACUGUUAGUGCUAUUUUUGACCGUUCUUCAACCGAGUCUUCGAUUUUGCUUACACAAAAUGCAUGGUGCCAAGACGUCAGUUUAUAUAAUGUGUGGAACAAUAUUCAGCAAUCACGUACAGCAAGUAUUCAGCUGCUAGUACGGUCAUUAAGCUGUGAGGGAUCUGCUUCACUGGCUGCAGCAGUUGCUACAGCCUCACCAGCCGGCCGACGCUUUCGUAAAGACGUACAGCAGCUGCUAGAGAAGGUGUUUCAGUGCAAACCAUGGCCUAAUCCGACUGAAAAGACAAUGCUUGCUCGUCGUUGCGGAUUAACUGUUCGGCAAGUUGGUGUUUGGGUCUGA